AUGCUAUUUACAGUCAUUUUGGAUUCUUCUUCAUUUGCUUGUGUUAUCAAAUUUAUAAUGGAGGGGAAGAUGUCUUUGGGAAAAUACUUGACAUGGGUGAUCUUACUGUUGGGGCAGCUACAUGGAUACCAAAGCUGCGUUCAGAAAGAAAGCAUAGCUUUGUUGGAGCUCAAGAGAUACAUAAUCUCAAUUACUGAAGAAGGGGAAUCCAACUCUGUUUUCCCUACUUGGACUAACGACACAAAUAGCAAUUGCUGCCAUUGGGAGGGCCUUGAGUGCAAUCGUACAAGCAAACGGGUGACUGAUAUUGCCUUUGGUACACUUCACCUCAAAGAGAGUUCUCUCCUAAAUCUUUCUUUGCUGCAUCCCUUUGAAGAAAUUCGAAGUCUCAACUUGUCCAAGUCCAGAUUCAUAAACUUAUCUGCGUACAAAGAGAAUGAAUUCAAUGAUGAUGCAUUCAACCAAUUUUCUGGCUUGUUUGAUGAUGUUGAAGGUCAUAAUAGCCUAAGCAGAUUAAGAAACCUGGAGAUUCUGGAUUUUUCUUCAAAUAAAUUCAACAACAGCAUUUUUCCUUUUCUUAGUGCUGCUACAUCACUUACAACUUUGUUUCUGCGGGGCAACAACUUGGAUGGCCCAUCUCCUCUUAACGAACUUAAAGAAUUGACAAACUUGAAACUGCUGGACCUAAGUGAUAACAGAUUCAAUGGCUCCAUACCAGUACAAGAGCUCUCUACCCUGAGUAAGUUGGAAGCUCUGGAUGUAAGUGAUAAUGAAUUGUCUGGCUCAAUGGAAUUGCAAGGCAAGUUGGCUCAAAUAUUUCUAAUUAAACAUAAAAUUUGUGGGAUUUGUAAACUGAAGAAUCUGCAAGAGCUUGAUUUGAGUCGAAACAAACUGUCUGGUCAGUUUCCCUUAUGUUUAACUAACUUAACUGGACUUCGAGUUCUUGAUCUAUCAUCGAACCAAAUGACUGGGAAGGUACCAUCUGCUCUUGGUAGCCUUGAAUCCCUUGAGUACUUAUCGUUGUUUGACAACAACUUUGAAGGCUUCUUCUCAGUUGUUUCGUUUGCGAACUUCUCAGAGCUGAGGGUGCUCAAACUCGGUUCACUAUCCAACUCACUUCAAGUAGAGUCUGCAAGUUCUUGGAAGCCAAAAUUUCAGUUGAAUGUUAUUGUACUACGAUCAUGCAACUUGGAGAAGGUUCCUUAUUUUCUCCUACAUCAGAAGGGUCUACGUCAAGUUGAUCUCUCUCACAAUAAAAUACCUGGAGAUUUUCCUUCUUGGCUAAUGGAGAACAAUACGGAACUCAAAGUUUUAACUCUACAGAAUAAUAACUUUACGAGCUUUCAGCUACCACAGUCUGCUCAUGAUAUUCUUAUGCUGGACAUGUCGGUGAAUGGCUUCAGUCACCUGUUUCCUGGGAACAUUGGUUUGGUGCUUCCGCAUUUAGCGUCUUUGAAUAUAUCAAAUAACAGGUUUCAAGGAGAUCUGCCAUCUUCUCUAGGUUUCAUGAAAAGUAUUCAGUUUUUGGAUAUUUCUCACAAUAGUUUCCACGGGAAGCUACAAAGAAGUUUUGUGGAGGGUUGUUAUUCAUUAAGAAUCUUGAAACUUUCACAUAAUAAACUAAGUGGAGAGAUUUUACCAAGUUCAACAAACUUCACUCAUAUAUGGGAGCUGUCUAUGGAUAACAAUCUGUUUACAGGGAAGAUCGGACAAGGUUUGCGAAAAUUGGAAUACUUGUUACUGCUUGACAUUUCGAACAACAAUCUCACAGGUGUUAUUCCAAGUUGGAUUGGGGAACUUUCGUCUUUAAAUGCAAUACUGCUAUCAAACAACUUGCUGGAAGGUGAAGUACAUGUGUCCUUGUUCAACAUUUCCAAUCUUCUGUUGUUGGACCUCUCUGCAAACAUUUUAUCUGGGGGUAUACCUCCACACGUCAGUUCUGCAAAUCCUGUGGCUUUAUUCCUACAAGACAACAAUUUAUCAGGAUCUAUUCCCGCCACGUUGCUAGUGAAUGUCACUAUACUUGAUCUCAGAAACAACAGAUUGUCUGGAAACAUUCCGGAGUUCGUCAACACCCAAAACAUCAGUAUUCUUCUUCUGCGGGGGAAUAACUUAACAGGUCAUAUUCCUCAUCAGCUGUGUGGCCUAAGAAACAUCCAUCUUCUGGAUCUAGCUGAUAACAAACUGAAUGGAUCCAUACCUUCAUGUCUUAGCCAUACAUCAUUUGGUUUGGGAAAAGAGGAUAUGUCAUAUGAUUAUGAUUUUAAGUGGGGCUACAUGGGUAGUAAUUUCAAGGAUGCUUUUACUCUGGAACAAGAUUCAACUUCCACAGAAAAUGAUGGUAGACAUUUCAAAUCUCUUCUUGUGCUAGAUCCUAUUAACUGGUACUUCAUGCAUGACACCCAGACAAAAAUUGAGUUUGCAACAAAACACCGAUAUGAUGCCUACAUGGGUGGAAUUCUCAAAUAUAUGUUUGGACUAGAUCUCUCAGAAAAUGAGCUUGCUGGUGAGAUUCCAGUAGAGCUAGGAGAUCUUCUGGAACUUUAUGCUCUCAAUUUUUCUCACAACUAUUUGUCAGGUGUGAUACCAAAAAGCUUCUCAGGUUUGAAGAAUGUUGAAAGCCUUGAUCUCUCCUUUAACAGAUUAGAAGGCCGUAUUCCAGCAGAACUAACAGAGCUAAGCAGACUUGCUGUUUUCAAGGUCACAUACAACAACUUAUCAGGAGCCAUUCCACAGGGAAAACAGUUUAACACGUUUGAUAUACAAAGCUACUUAGGUAAUCCUCUUCUUUGUGGGAAACCAACCAACAAAAGUUGUGAGACCAAUAACAUCCAAGAACCAGAUAAUGAAGUGGAAGCUGAUGAAUCCACAAUAGACAUGGUCUCUUUCUACUGGAGUAUUGUUGCAGCUUAUGUGACAGUACUUCUUGGAAUACUUGCAUUUCUCUCUAUUGAUUCUCCUUGGAGCAGAGCUUGGUUCUACAUUGUUGAUGUUUUCAUACGCAAGGUGAGGAACUUGUUAUGGUAAUCUACUAUUGGUGUUAAAUCCUUUAAUGUGGUAGUUGUUUUAUUCGUCCCGAUUUAUUGCAGUUCUUCAAAAAAAAAAUUAUUAGCAAAGUCGGAACUAAAUUUAUGGUUGGUUCCUCUGAACUGUUAUUAUCUUUUUUUCGUUGAAUAAUUUAAUGCAUCAAAUAUAUCUUAAAACUACUUUGGUGGUGGUUCCUCUGAACGGUUAUUGUAUUUUUCUUUGAAUAAUGUAAUGCUUGAAACAAUCUCAACUUCAUGUUUUACAAUUGAAGAAUAAGUUUGCAUAA